UAGAAGCUGGGGACACAAAGAACACACAAGAAGAAGAAGGUCAAUGAAGAACACACAUUGAUCAGAACGGAUUGAUUAAUCGGCCUUGCCAUCGAUAAGUCCGCUAGUUUCUUCGCCUGUUGAAUCUAAAUGGAAAGCCGAGGAGACAAGAUUGCGUCGAGCAGCAAAGCUCUACCGGCAUCAUCGAUCAGCACGGAUUCAUCGCCAGUUCGAUCUCUAAGCUUAAUAGAUUCUUCUCCAGUUGGAUCUCUAAGUCCCGUAACCGAUGACGAACCGUCUUUUCCACCAGCAAUUUCCCCUACACAGUCAUCGCUUUCAUCCGAUCUCAGUCAGGUAAGUUCUAUCAGCCACGGAUUCUCUCCUGCUCCUAGAAUAGACACACCACCGGGAGGAAAUAUCCCGUCAAUUGCCGAACUUCCUCCGCCGCCACGUCCAGUGAUGAACAGAUAUGUAAGAGAUGAAUCUCCUGUAAUGAAAAAUACAGCAGAUCCGAUCAAUGACGGCGGUAAUUCCAUAGGCCGAGUUGCGGAAGGUGAAGUUCGCAGUAGUAUGCCUUCACGGCCAAUUGAAAAGAAAUUAUCAAUUCUAAAAUCAGUGGAGAGAAAUAGAAUGAUAAAGAGGAUUGCUCUUGGUUUUAGGGCUUGGGGAUCUAUUUGCUGUUUAAUCUCUUUCUCUGUAAUGGCAGCUAAUAGGAAAAGAGGUUGGGCUCUUGAUUCAUUUGAAAAAUACAAGGAAUUCAGGUACUGCAUAACGAUGAACAUAGUGGGAUUUGUGUAUUCGAGUUUUCAGAUGUUGAGUUUGUCUUAUCAUUUAGCAACAGGAAAAUACGUUUCCUUGAAUCAUCUCCGAUAUUAUAUUGAUUUCUUAAUGGAUCAGAUAUUAGCUUAUCUUCUAAUUUCAGCAUCAUCAUCAGCUGUUACUAGAGUAGAUGAUUGGGAAUCAAACUGGGGGAAAGACAAAUUCCCCACGAUGGCUAGCGCGUCUGUUGGUAUGUCUUAUCUUGGGUUCGUGGCCAUGGCUGUUAGCUCACUCAUCUCGGGUUAUACUCUCUUCACUUCCUCUAAAUCAACCUUGUAGAAAGGAAAGAGGAGACUCAUCUCUUAUAAACCAAAGUGAAAUACAUGCUUCUUUAAUGUGUUGUUUUAUUGAUAUUCCAUCCAACACAACAUAUUACUCAGGUGAAAUUGGAUUUUAAAAUGUUAUGUAUUUGAGAUUGAAUACUGUAAAAAAAUAAUUGCUCAAUAAACACAUAAUAAUUUUUUGUGUUAUCAGGUAAGA